GACAAGAAAGUGUUUACACAACUAAAACAAUUAAUUCAUUAUAGUGUUUUAAGUAUUUUUUAGUUAAAACUAAUACUCUUUUUGGCCACCGUUGGCAUCUAUGACUGCUCCCAAGCGUCUAUUCAUCGAUUGGACCAGGUUUCUGACAUAUUCCACUGGGAUAUUUUGCCAUUCUUCCAAAACAAUGGUUUUCAGCUCAGUUUUAUUCUUUGGAUGCCUCUGGUGGGUAAAACUGCCACAGAGAUUGGCCAAAUGUUUUUGAUUUCUUGGAAAACGGUAUAUAACAUACUAAGCCGUGCAAUAAAAAAGAGGAUAGGCUUGAGUUAAAGGUUAAAGGUUAAAGAUAAAGGACGGCUUCGUCUAUUAUCACCCAGAGCAGAGCGAAUUAUGCUCAGAAAAAUGAACGAGAAAUCCACUAUUUUGACCAGGAAGCUUGUCAGUGCGCUGAAGGAGGAGUGUGGCAUAACCAUUUCCCGGGAAAGUGUCAGAAGAGCACUAAAACGUAACGAUCUGUCGUCCCGACCAGCCCGGAAAAAACCACUUAUGUCGGUAGAUCACGCUAAAAAGCGUCUAACGUUUGCUAGAAUGUACGGAAAUCAACCAAAUUCAUAUCGGGAUGAUGCAAUAUUUUGCGAUGAAUCCAAAAUGAUGGUAUAUUAUAACAAUGGUCCAACUAGAGAGUGGCGCGAGCCCCUAAAAGCCCUCGAGAAGAAAAAUAUAAUACCGACUGCUGAUUUGCUGGCAAAGGAGUUGAAUAUCUAUGCUUUAUUGAGAACACCAUGGAUGUUGCACAGUAUUUGGACAUUUUGCGCACACAUUUAGUUUUGUCAAGACAAUAAUCCCAAACAUAAGACACAUAUUGUGAAGUGCUGGCUACUUUAUAACUGGAAAAUGUGUUGGAUGCGCAAGCUAAAAUCCUGGACUUAAGCCUCGUUUAGAUUUUGUGGGCUUAUCUGAAGAAGAGGACCGCCAAGAGGCAUCCAAAGAAUAACA